UUCUAUAGUAUAUAAAAAGGGCAGAGAUGUGAUUCAUUUUCUUGCAUCAGGCAAAACCAUUUCUUCAUAUCUCUCUUGAUUUAAAUUACAUAGAAAAAAUAAUUAGAGAUAUGGGUUUGACUGGGAAGUUGGUUUCGGAAACGAACAUAAAAUCGGACGGAGAUGUGUUUCACGAGAUCUUCAGACACAGACCACACCACAUUUCAGACAUGAGCCCUGAUCACAUCCAAGGCGUUGAUUUACACGACGGAAAAUGGGGAACCGUCGGAUCACAGAUCUUCUGGAACUACACCCAUGAGGGUAAGAAGAAGGUGGCGAAAAAUAUAAUUGAAGCCAUAGACGAGGAAAAGAAGUCGGUGACAUUCAAGGUGACCGAAGGAGAUCUAAUGGAGCUUUACAAGGAAUUCAAACUGGUCGUUCAUGUCGACACAUCUGGCGAAGACAACGUCGUCACUUGGACUUUGGAGUACGAGAAACUGAGUGAGGAUGUUUCUGAUCCACACACUCUCAUGGACUUGUGCGUGAGCAUGACUAAAGAUAUCGAGUCUCACCAUCUCUAGGCCGUUGCCUAGUUUCAUGAUCUUUCUCCGUAUGUCGUAAACGGGUUUUUCGAUUAUAAUGUUAUUGUUA